AUGCCGGCCGACGUGCCUGCCGUGGGCUCGGCGGGGCCGGGCCGCGCCUCGGCCCCUUCGGUGUGCGCGUGGGCUGCCGAGCCGCUCUGCACGGCACAGGCUGUGCAGGCCUGCGGGGCAGCGGAGAGCGCAAAGGACGCCUACGCGCGCGACAAGACGAGGAUGAAGGACUACUACCGAGCGUGGGACAGCUUCGACGUGGACAAGAUGGAGGAAGAGUUGGACGCGGAGGAGCGAGAAGAGGCCGAGGCACGCAGGGUCCACUUCGAGGGCUUGAAGGAGGAGCAGGACGAGGCCAACCGGGGCUCGGCCAUCCGCGUGGACGGCCUGCCGGACGGCGUCCCGGAGGCACACCGCAAGUACUUGGCAGACUGCGAGAAAGAGAAGGGCAAUGAGGCCUUCUACUCCAAGGAUCGGGGUCACGUAAUUUAA